GACAGGCAUUUGUACAGGUUUUUUAAUGACUCCAGUUGGCAUUCGUGGCAGUUUUAAUAUUUGUGUCAUUCGUUAAAAAAACCUACACAGUGCGUUCAUUGCUUCUACAAUUUUGUUGCAUUCUCAUUUGGCAAGGGUGAAAGAUUUAAGGAAGCAGAACAUUUUUGUUUGCGAAAAGUUUCCUAAGAAGACUGCAUAAAUCCAGGGUAUCAUUUGCACAACACAGUCUUACAAAUUUCACAUGCUUACUGCUCAAGAGUAUCUUUUGCACGGGACAAUCUUCUAGCUUCGACAUGCUUGCUGCUCAAGCGACAUACAGUUUGCUAUCAGAUAUUCGCUGUGAUGCUUUACGGGACUCGGUAGGCCAAAGGCAAUAAGGCGUUAUCAUUGCUAUUCCCAGCUUUCAAUUGGUAGAAAGGUUGCUGGAAUCUUGAGGACAAAAAAUGUCUAUCUACCACCAUUUCAACCACUUUUCAACAUAUGCCAUCACAUAGUCUCUACGGCUCACAUUUCUACCAACAACAGAGCCCACUGCACAGCAUGUACAUCAACGACAAAUUUUUCAUACCAGCACUUCUUGCAAUGCACAAUUGAGACUGAAGAUGCAAAUAUUGACUGCAACUUACACAGCAAACUUUUGCAAGAUAACUUUCCUGAACUUACAAAGAUACCAUUUGAACAUUAUAAGGAAGACACUUCUAGACUAGUCUACCUGAUGCGGAAGUUUGACAUCCAAGGAACAUUCACACUCGCCAUGGACAAUUCCAUCAUUGCUAUUGCAAAGGAGGCCAGCAGCAGUGUAUAAAAGAAGUCCACGAUUUCCAAGAAAAUUUUGGUCCACUACACAGUACUCUUAAGGUUCUCAGACAACAAGUUGAAAACAAUCAAAAGCUCCUUGCUUCAACUACUCCACAGCUCAAAUGCAAAUUUCUGCCUGUGGUCCGCUCUUGAAGUCACUGGGAGAAGAUAUCGAAGACUCUGCAUUCUGGAAUAAAUCUGUGGAUAUGUUAAUGUCUUGCCCCUCGCAACGCAGACAUUAACUCUUGUAUUGUUUCCAUUCUGGCAUCUAUCAGCCACCGUCAAUAAGGAAUAUGUAACUUUGACAUCCUUGGUCGCUAUCUUUAUCAUGGGAAAGAGCUCUUGUUGCCUUGCAUCAGACAUUCAUUGGGGGGUUUCUGCUGAAUUGUCAGACUCAGAGUUUGAUGCAGAAGAAAACCUUGACGAAGAAGUUGAGUCUCUUUACUUUUCAGAGGUCAUUCCUAAGCUACAAUUUAGAAAGGAUGUCUCUGUGGCACGCUGGGAUAACAACCUAGGUAUGGCAGAGGUUAUUAUUAAGAAGGGAAGAAUGUGGUCGACUACUGGAAUUGUUCGAGGAGAUAAGAUCCUUUGCCACAUAGAAGAGAUUAUAUACAUGGUUGAACGCGGGGCUUUACUUUUGCUAGAUGGAGAUUUAAGCCUUUCUAUGGAAGAUGUUUACAGUUUACUCAUGGAUGGAAAGUAUGGAUGUAGCUGGGAGUAUUAUCAGGCAUACUGUCAUUUGAGGGGUCUUGGAUACAUUGUAGGCCGACAUGACAUUCCUUGGACAUUUAAGGUCAAUAAAUCUAAGCCAACAGCUUGCAGUCUUGACACUUCUGAAGGUCUAUUUAAUGAGUGUGGAAGAGAUAUUGGUAAUACAGACAUAUCUAAUGAAGACAAGCAUUGCUUCCAGAGCAACUUUAUCAUAACUACUAGGGAAAAUGAAAAAAUGCUUUUGAAAGAUGUCGAAUGCUGCAGUGACGGACUUGAGACUACCUCUCUCAACCAGGAUAGCUGCAAGGUGGAAGUUGCUUCCCUUGAGAAAGCCUUGCAGAACCUUAGCAUCUGUAGGUAUUCAAUCGAUUCAGGGGAUCAUGGAAAAGGACUAAAUUUAGUAUUUGAUGUAUAUAAUCCGAAUACAAAGUUCAAAAAAUCUGCUCCUGGCUCUCCUGAUUUCAUACUGUGCAUUACAAGGGAUUGUCCACCAAAUAAAGCUGAAGUUCAGGCUCUUCAAUCCCUAUGUAAAGGGACUCCUCUCAAAUUUGCUUCUAAUGAAUGUGGGCGCAUCAGCUUUUUUUCCUUUUGUAGUGUAAAUUUACCAGUUUUGCCAUGAAAUAUGUGUAUGGUAUUUAUUUGUAUUUCAAUGAUAUGUUUUUGUUUUGCCCUUUUCUUCUUAAAUAAGUCUCUCAUCACCGAUCAAAAGUUGUUUUGCAAUCUACACUAACAAAACUAAUAUUUUUUUUAGUUAUCCAUCUUAUUAACAGCAGCUAAGUUGCUCUAAGUUUAGUUUAUGUUUUUGAUAUCUUAUCUGGACUACGGCGCUUUUAAUGUGCUGUUAAUAGCCUGCUAAUGCUGCCUUGGGGUUUUCUGUAUUUGAGGGUCUGCACCCUUGUUUUGCUGCUUACUAUAUCAAAAACAGCAGCCCAAUUUAAAUUGUUUAGAGGUAUCUGUAAAUCAAAAUUUUAAGUGUUAUUUCUAUUUAACUUCCUUGGCCCUGCCUUACACAAAAGCAAGGACAAAAUUGCCUAGAUUAAGAGAUGGGUAGUGAUACCUAAUCGUCUGAAAAUGUUUCAAUAUUUUUGUGAUACCUGAUCAUGAAGGUGUCAUUAUUUUAUGAAAUAGCUAUGCUUUACGUUAGUUGAUUUUGGAGUUUAGGGGUAUGUGUAAGUCUGUUAAACAGUAUGCAAUGUGAGAAUUUUUUAAUGAACUCUUAUAGCUUGUAAAAUGAUUUGGCCAAUUUGGUCAAAAGACUUUCAUCUGAGGAUUUGAUGAAUAAUGUGGCAACUAUAGAUGUUUUUGCAAAAUGCAGUACUUUUUCAAA